CUUUGUCCAAAGUUCUUACAUACCAACUCUACCAGUCACACCUGGCCUUUCAGUGCAAUUGCAGAACUUAUAGAUAAUGCAUAUGAUCCAGAUGUGAGUGCUAAGCAGAUAUGGAUAGACAAAACAGUGAUAAACGACAAUAUAUGCUUGACGUUCACUGAUAAUGGAAAUGGUAUGAACUCGGAGAAGCUGCACAAAAUGCUAAGCUUUGGCUUCAGUGAGAAAUCUGUAAUGAAUGGUCGUGUUCCAGUGGGACUAUAUGGAAAUGGGUUUAAAUCGGGGUCCAUGCGCCUGGGAAAAGAUGCAAUAGUCUUCACCAAGAAUGGAGAAACCAUGAGUGUGGGCCUGUUGUCUCAGACUUUCCUUGAAGUCACAAAAGCAGAACAUGUCAUGGUUCCUAUAGUGACAUUCAACAACCACCGACAGAUAAGCGAUCCAGCAGAAUCCAAAAACAGCCUGAAGGCCAUCUUAACGCAUUCUUUAUUUUCUACUGAGGAGAAAUUACUGGCAGAGCUAGAUGCUAUAAUGGGGAAAAAAGGAACAAGAAUUAUCAUUUGGAAUCUUAGAAGAGAUAAAAAUGAAAAAACAGAGUUUGACUUUGACAAGGAUAAAUAUGACAUCAGAAUUCCUGAAGACUUGGAUGAAACAGGCAAAAGAGGGUAUAAAAAACAAGAGAGACUGGACCAGAUUGUUCCGGAAAGUGACUAUUCACUGCGAGCUUAUUGCAGUAUUUUGUAUCUGAAGCCAACAAUGCAGAUCAUUCUCCGAGGACAAAAAGUGAAAACACAGCUGGUUUCCAAAAGUCUUGCUUUCAUUGAACGUGAUAUAUAUAGGCCGAAAUUUUUGAAUGCUAAAACAGUAAGAAUUACUUUUGGAUUUAACUGCAGAAACAAAGAUCAUUAUGGAAUAAUGAUGUACCAUAAAAACAGGCUUAUCAAAGCUUAUGAAAGAGUUGGCUGUCAGUUAAAG